AUGUCCAACCUUCCCAUUGAGCCCGAGUUCGAGCAGGCCUACAAGGAGCUUGCCUCUACCCUGGAGAACUCCACUCUCUUCCAGAAGAACCCUGAGUACCGCAAGGCUCUCGCCGUUGUCUCCGUCCCCGAGCGUGUCAUUCAGUUCCGUGUCGUCUGGGAGGAUGACAACCACCAGGUCCAGGUGAACCGUGGUUUCCGUGUCCAGUUCAACUCCGCUCUCGGUCCCUACAAGGGUGGUCUUCGUUUCCACCCCUCCGUCAACCUUUCUAUCCUUAAGUUCUUGGGUUUCGAGCAGAUCUUCAAGAAUGCCCUGACCGGCCUGAAUAUGGGUGGUGGUAAGGGUGGUUCCGACUUCGACCCCAAGGGCAAGUCUGACAACGAAAUUCGCCGCUUCUGUGUUUCCUUCAUGACCGAGCUCUGCAAGCACAUCGGUGCCGACACCGACGUCCCCGCUGGUGACAUCGGUGUCACCGGCCGUGAGGUCGGUUUCCUCUUCGGCCAGUACCGCAAGAUCCGCAACCAGUGGGAGGGUGUUCUCACCGGUAAGGGUGGCAGCUGGGGUGGUUCUCUGAUCCGUCCCGAGGCCACUGGCUACGGUGUUGUCUACUACGUUGAGCACAUGAUCAAGCACGCUACCGACGGCAAGGAGUCUUUCACUGGCAAGCGCGUCGCCAUCUCUGGUUCCGGUAACGUCGCCCAGUACGCCGCUCUUAAGGUUAUCGAGCUCGGCGGUUCCGUUGUCUCCCUCUCCGACAGCAAGGGUUCCCUGAUCGUCAAUGGUGAGGGCAGCUUUACCCCUGAGGAGAUCAACACCAUCGCCCAGAUCAAGGUCGACCGCAAGCAGAUCUCUGAGAUUGCCAACACUGAGGCCUUCGCCACCAAGUUCAAAUACAUCCCCGGUGCCCGUCCCUGGACCCACGUCGGCAAGGUCGACGUCGCUCUUCCCUCCGCUACCCAGAACGAAGUCUCCGGCGAGGAAGCCCAGGCCCUCAUCGACGCUGGCUGCAAGUUCAUCGCCGAAGGUUCCAACAUGGGCUCCACCCAGGAUGCCAUCGACAUCUUCGAGGCCCACCGUGAGGCCAACAAGGGUGCUGCCGCCAUCUGGUACGCCCCUGGUAAGGCCGCCAACGCCGGUGGUGUCGCCGUCUCCGGUCUCGAGAUGGCCCAGAACUCUGCUCGCAUCAACUGGACCUCCGAGGAGGUCGAUGCUCGCCUCAAGGGUAUCAUGGAGGACUGCUUCAAGAACGGUCUCGAGACUGCUAUCGAGUACGCUACUCCUUCUGAGGGCGUCCUUCCUUCCCUCGUCACCGGUAGCAACAUUGCUGGUUUCACCAAGGUUGCUGCUGCCAUGAAGGACCAGGGUGACUGGUGGUAAACAUUCUGCGAAUGUUUUUCCUAAGUCAGCUUCUUUGAUUCACGCUCCCAUUGAUACCUCUUGUUUACGAUGAUGAUCCUUUUUUGGUCCUUUUGCCUGUUUAAGCGCGGUUGGUUGAUAGAGGCGCCGGUGUUCUUGCCUUUUUUAA